AUGUCUGGCUUUGAUAGGAAUAAAUUCCAACAACGCAGUGAAAUGUUCAACUUCAAUAAAAGAUACAGAACGCAAUUCCAGGUCUUUGUGCAUUCAAUUAAAUGGGUUUGUGAACAUAACACAUUCAGUGCUUAUGUUAAUAAUUUACAAGUCUUGUUUUGGGGCAAUACUCUUCCAGCGGAAAAUCAGUGCAUAGAAAUUUAUGAAUUUGUUCUGAACAUACAUCAGGCACCGUAUGCACUUGUGACAAGUUAUAAAAUUGCGAACCAUGUCAUUGAACAAUACACCAACAACGUGUUUUUCAAAAGGUUUGUUUUGAAUAAAGUUAACAUAUUAAUCCCACUUAAGAGAUGUUUAAAAUUGUCUGAAAAAAUGUUACCACUUCCAGACAAAACUUUAUUUGGAUUCUGUGAUGGGAAGACAGAAUACUUAUGCAGUCCAAAAGACUAUACACAUCACUAUGUUCUUAAUUUUCAAUCACAAAAAAGAACCUCCAAGUUGUAUGUUAGAGCUGACGACUUUGAACGAUUCAACUUCGAACUUAAUAAAUAUUAUCUUAUUUCCGACGUUGGAGCGAUAACCAAUUACGAAGACACAUUCUAUUUGAAUGAGACUUCAUUUUUGAUCAAAUGCGAUGCUGAAGAGAUUGCAAAUUCGUACUCGUCUUAA